AUGCUCGCGCAGCGCUUCUUCACGCAGCAGCGGCCCGUUGUGGCCAGCAGACAGAGCAGGGUGCAGCCUCGCAUCGAGGCUAGCGUCCGCGGCCUGGCGCCCCUGGUUGAUGAGCUGAAGGCGAAGCAGGCGAAGAAGGACCUGCCGGAUGUGCAGAUUGGCGACAGCGUGCGGAUCGGCCUCCUGGUCCAGGAGGCCAAGAGCUCUCGCGUGCAGCGGGUGGAUGGCACCGUCAUCGCCAUGGCGGGCAGCGGCAGCACCAAGACCUUUGUGGUGCGGCGCAUCUUCCAGGGCGUGGGUGUUGAGCUGAGCAUCAUGCUGCACUCCCCGGUGCUGUCCUCCGUGGAGAUUGUGCGCCGCGGCAAAGUCCGCAGUGCCGCAUGCGCGCCUGCAUCAGCAGAAUGA